AUCAGGAAGUUACAGACAUUCAUUUCCACAACAGCAUUCUGGAUCCAGUGCAAUGUGGAGUCCUUUAUGAGCACUUCCAACUAAAGGUAAAGCACAGAUAAGUGGUCAGAACCAAAAUUCUAGGCUGAACUUUGAGAUUUUUAAACUUCAGAUGCUGUCUAUACUCUCUGGAAAGGGACUCAAGGAAUAAUACCACCAUAGAGCAAGCACUUUGAAAAGAAAGCUCCCGCAUAGUCAAUACGCCACCUACUGCAAAACUGAGCUGACAGCGCAGGCGAUGCUGCCAGCAUUUCCAUUCCAUCACCAGGCUGGGGCUGAAUAAAGGCGUGUUUGUAUGGUAGUGUUUCCUUUUGAAAAAUCUCAAAGCCAAGAAGAACAAGCUGAAAUAGCACUUUCAAAAAUGGAGCGUAAAUUAAACAGAAGAGAAAAAGAAAAGGAGUAUGAAGGGAAACAUAACAGCCUGGAAGAUGCUGACCAAGGAAAGAACUGCAAAUCCACACUGAUGACCCUCAACGUUGGUGGAUAUUUGUACAUUACUCAAAAACAAACACUGACCAAGUACCCAGACACUUUCCUUGAAGGUAUCGUAAAUGGAAAAAUCCUCUGUCCAUUUGAUGCUGAUGGUCAUUAUUUCAUAGACAGGGAUGGGCUUCUCUUCAGACAUGUCCUAAACUUCCUACGAAAUGGAGAACUUCUACUGCCCGAAGGGUUUCGAGAAAAUCAACUUCUUGCACAAGAAGCAGAAUUCUUCCAGCUCAAGGGACUGGCAGAGGAAGUGAAAUCCAGGUGGGAGAAAGAACAGCUUACACCCAGAGAGACCACUUUCUUAGAAAUAACAGAUAACCAUGAUCGCUCACAAGGACUGAGAAUCUUCUGUAAUGCUCCUGAUUUUAUAUCAAAAAUCAAAUCUCGCAUUGUUCUGGUAUCUAAAAGCAGGCUGGAUGGAUUUCCAGAGGAGUUCUCAAUAUCCUCAAAUAUUAUUCAAUUUAAAUACUUCAUAAAGUCUGAAAAUGGCACUCGACUUGUACUAAAGGAAGACAACACCUUUGUUUGUACCUUGGAAACUCUUAAGUUUGAGGCUAUAAUGAUGGCCUUAAAGUGUGGUUUUAGACUACUAACCAGCCUGGAUUGUUCUAAAGGGUCAAUUGUUCACAGCGAUGCACUUCAUUUUAUCAAGUAAUUACCUGUGUCACGAACAAAGGCAACAAGCAUGCAGCCAGCAAGCUUCGGAAAACCACAGCAUCAAAGGCAUCCCAAAUAAUGUGCCCAGCUAGCUCCGUACUCAAGAGCCCUGCUGCUAAUCAAUGACUGAGCUAACCGGUAUGUAAAUCCUUCUGCUAAAGAUGUACUUCUAUAGGGUGCUCCUGUUGAUCAGACUCUCACACUUUAAAAUGAAAACGGAGAUCCUCUACAUGUUGUAAAUAAAGACUGAAUGCACUUGCCAUUUGUUUAUUUUCCCUUAAGCUGUCUUUCAAUCAGAAUGUCUUGGGAACUCCUAUAAUGAACAAGCAUGUAUAUUAUCUAUCGUUCAUUUAAAUAAAUCAUAAAAAUAUUUUAAGGGCAUAGGAGAUACUAAAUUCUUUCUACUAAUGACAGAAACUACAGAGAAACUGAACUGGUAAAAUUAACCACUGAGAGUAAAUCGUGCAGAUUCACUAAAAAAAAAAAAAAAAAAACAGCUAUAGUAAAACAAAAUGAGAUUAUAAAAAGGAAUUAAUUUUUAAUGGUAAGCACCAAAAGCUUAUUCAUUGUUGUUGUAUUUCACACUAGAAUUAUAGUGAAAUUGAUAUUUUGAUGAAAAUUCCUAGAAAAUUGCUUACUAACAAUAAAAUAAUAAAAGUAUUGCUAACUGCUUUGCUUGUAUUAAUGAUUACAAUAAAAAGUUAUGUGUCACUUUUAAAACAAAUAGUACCACUUGAUGACUCUGUACAAUACUAUGCAUUGAUGUAGUAAACUGGCAGGCUACUGCAACACUGGCUGGUUUUCCAAGUCACAAAAACAGCAAAUUUGUAUCUUUAGAAGCUGAGCUCUAUCACUACAUGGAUAACUUAAUCUCAAAAGAGUAUCUGGUAUUAAAAAUAAUAAAGGGUUAUAUCUUCA